UUAGAUCAUUAUAAAUCACGAGUCCCCUCCAAAAAUUGUGGGCCUAAUGAUUCGUUUUUAUGUUUUUUUGAAGAAAUAUUAAAAAUGGGCUCAACACUUAAUUUUACUGGUCAACUUAAUAUCUGUUUUUUUUUUAUUUAAAAUUUAUUUUGGAAGAAAGUUACUAUUGUAGUAUAUAAAGGGUUAAUUAGGGUUGAUAUUUGUUAAGAUAGUUUUCCUCAAGAAGGAAACUAUGUGUGUGGAUGGUGGAAAAAUUAGAAAGCCACCCAUACGCAGGGUUGGAAUUUUAGAGUUACAUGCCUUCGAAUGUUCAUGUGGCAACUCUACCGCCAUUUGAUGUCAUAUGAUUGCUCGACAUAACCUCACAGUUUUGUUUACUUUGCUUCAUGUGUGGUAAAAGAAUUUUGAAGUAUUCUCAGAUAUUUUGUUUUGAAAUUAUAAUGAAAGUGACUGAGAAAAAAUGAAAGAGAAAUUCUGAGCAAAAUCAUGUGGGAGUACAACCCAACAAUGCCGGUGCUCGAGUCUAUUCCGCAAUUGUGCUCAUAUUUGACCUCAUCAUGAUCUUUGUGCAGUGGACCUAUUUUGUAUUUGAGGGCAUCUACCUACUCUUCAAGCCACCGGAAGAAAAAUCUGUGGUGGGGGAGACUGUCCUGAUAACAGGAACUGAUCAUGGGAUUGGCAGGGAAAUGGCACUUCAAUAUUCAGCACUGGGAGCCACAGUUGUCUGCUGGGACAUCAAUGAGGAGGGAAAUAAGGAAACUGUGAAAGAAAUUUGCUCCCGUAAAGGAAAAGCCCAUGCAUUUGUGUGUGACGUCUCGAAGCGUGAGAUCAUUGAGGUGGCCAAGAAGGUUAAAGCGGAAGUCGGAACUGUGACGACCUUGGUCAAUAAUGCCGGCAUCAUGCCCUGCCAUCCUUUCCUGCAGCAUACCGAUGCGGAAAUCCGCAAAAUCUUCGAUAUUAAUAUUUUGGCGCACUUUUGGAUGAUGCAGGCCUUCCUCCCUGACAUGAUCGCCAAACGUCAUGGUCACAUCGUUUUACUUUCAUCCAUGGCGGGAAUUGUUGGACUGCAAAAUCUUGUGCCAUACUACGGAUCCAAAUUUGCUGUUCGUGGACUCACCGAAGCCAUCAAAGAUGAAGACUGAAAGACACAAUGAGGCCAUUUACAUCGUCGCAUUAGAUUGAGAUUGGAUUGUCCCAAAAUCCGAAUCCAAUCUUGUCUGUUUACAUCGUACUGUUGAGAUUGAAUUGGAUUUUUAGCGGGAUGCCAUUUUUGUGAGAUUAAAAAUGAUAUUUUCGAUUUUUAAGUUGGAUUUUUGGUUGAUAUUAAAUAUUUCUAUUCAAAGAUUAGUGGUGAUAAAUAUUAUAAAAUAUCUUUUGAUGAAAAGGCAGUUUAAAAGAAAUUGAAAACAGAAGUUGUUUUUCUUCGAGUGUUUCAUACUCUUGGGCUAUCGAAACAGGAGGUUUCGAGGGGGCGUGAUUAGAGGGCUGGGCAUAUCCCGAUACCGAUACUGUAUGGUUUGGGCUCAGAAAUGAACCAUCAGAAGAAGAAUUUUAAGCUGCAUUACAAAUGUCCCGAGUUACUUUCAGUAAAUAAGUUUUUCUUCUCACGACGAAACAUCAAGUGUCUUUAAAAGUAUCUAUCGAAAUAUAGAAGAAUGCAGUACAGAUUCUAUUUUAAACUUGUCGUCGCCCAUAUCCUCGCAUAAUACACAAAUAAAGUCCUGAAAGUUUUAUUUUGUGCGACAAAACAACACAAAGUGAGGUUAGUUUUAACGUCAAAUGCAACUCCGAAUUCCACUUCGCGCGCUCCGAAAAUUUUUGGGACAAUUGGGACAAUUUGAAUCCAAUCCAAUUCAAUACGAGGGGUCGUAUUGGAUUUGCCGUUUAUAUCGAGAAAAAUUAAACAAAUCCCAAUCUAAUGCGGCGAUGUAAAUGGCCUCAAUGAAGCUAAACCCGGAUGCUUCCGGAUAAUUAGUGGGCAGAAAUCGCUAGGACAACAAGUGCAAGAGGAUUUUUGGGAAGGCACAAGUAUGCCUUUUUAUUCUAAAUUUUGCUCUAAAACUUUACAUUUAUAUUCAAUUGUCACAAGUAACAAAUAGACAGUACACUUCAUUGGUAAAAUAUCACAUAAUGAGACGCAAUUUUCAACAUUUUUCUUUUAUUUCCGGAAUCUACAUAACCUCAAUUUAUUAACUUCAAAAUAACUCUCGAAGCAUCACCCUUCUCUUUUUAAAGUCGUAUUUUAGGGUUGACAUAUCGAUAAAUGGCGUUUCUAUCAAUUUUUGGAAAGAGAAAAGCAGUAAUUGACAAAAAAAUUAAAAAGAUUCUAUUUACUCGCGCUUUUCACUGCAGUGAUAGUUUCAGUGAAUGAAUUAGACCUCCAGCUAGUUCAUAAUAGGUCGUUUAAUGUAUCGUCAGCAAUAUUUUCCGAGAAAAUUCAAGAUUCACAGGCAUGUACCGCCACAUUCGAAGGUAAAAACUGCACCAUGGGUUGGACCAAAUCGACACAAUAUCUUUAACAUUCUUGUAAGAAGAAACUAAGAACUUUUGAAUCCUAAAUGAUGUAGGCGUGGAAUCUUAAAGAACUAGAGACUUUGUCGGUGCAUCGAAAAUUAACAUACAAUGUCAAUUUUCCCAGAAGAAAAUGUUAAUGUUUGAACUUCGUUUUUCUGGUCCAACCUAGAGUAC